CUCUAUUUAAAGGAUUACAUAGUUUCAACCAAUCAACAACCAAGUGGUGGUUCAACUGUGAAAACGCCAAGAACAACAGUAACAGUUACCGGCGAAACAGUAUUUGCGUCUGGAAAUAAACGAAAUUUUAGCAAAAAUAUUAAUAAUUAUAAUAAUCCAAGUGCAACUGCAACGGAAGCACAGCGAAAGCGACAACACAGCCCAGAAGAGGAAUCGGCAGAAACCAACGGUGUUGUUUGUGGAACGCAGUUUGAUAUUGAUGAAAACACACUGAAUUUUUCGCAAGUAUUUAACACACCAAUUAGCGCUAAGACUGGUUCAAAAUCUUCUAUAUCCCCUUCAAAAGAAGACAGCAUUGCUGAAAGGAAGAAAUUUCCCGAAAUACAAAGGCAACUAAACGAAUCUUUCGCCACUGUAAAAUCGACGCCUACAGCGUCUAGUCCACUCUUAAAAUUUACUAAAGCCAAUAAUAACCCCUUGCUGCCAGUAAAUCUCUUGAACUUGGCCGCCAGUCUAACAACAACACAAAUACCCGUCACACCAACAAUAUCAACCGCGGGCGCUGCAAAUUCAACGCAAACUACUUUUGGUGGUGGUGGUGUGAAUGUUGAAUCUAUUUUAUUGCAACGUUUACAGUUAAUAAAACACUUUUUGAACUUGACCGCGCCAGCGGUUAGUGGCCUUAAUCAACGAUUACAAAGGCAAAACGAGGAGGUUUCGGCAACUGCAAGAGCAUCCUGCUUAGCUACACAGCGAGGCUUACCGAAGGCAUUAAUGGUAUAUGAAAAUAGACCCGGAAGCAUGGAACGUGAAGUUGUGGUAAAUUCAGCGAGUUUGGAAGAUGUCGCUCUGAGUGAGUUGAGCGACAAUCGCGCGCAGUCAAUCCAAUCGUUGAAUAGCGUAGAGACGCCCACUCCCGAUACCACGCCCAGCUUCGAUGAACUGCAACAGCGUUUGGAGACCUCAAAUCGCAAUAUACAAAACAUGCAAGAGCAGCAACAACAACUAUUGCGUUUGCAGAAUGCCGCUAAGCAACAUUUGAGUGAAAUGGAGCAUCUACGUCAACAGGCAGGCACUUUAAGUUUUGGCGCAAAUCAAGCAAACGCUUCGAACAAUGGCGAUAGUGCACCCGAAUACGAGUCCAUAGAUCAGGUGCAUUCAGAUAUGGCAACAUUGGUUGGUCGCAUGAAGAAUCUCACCACGUUCAUACAAAAUCAAAAUGAAUUAAGCAAUUUGCUCGGAGAUGACGGUCCUGAAAUACUUGCUGAACAAGAAGCGCUUCAGCGCAAGCUAGAAUCCUUGCGCGCACAACGUGAUGAUAUGCGUACAUUGGUUGGUGAAUUGCAGGAAAUCAAUCGUACUGCCGAGCGCAGAGUUGGUGCUGAUUCGAAAGAGAAUGCACAAAUAGCUGAUAACCAACAGACGACUACGGGAGCAGUUCUGGCACAAGCACGCGAAGAAUCACCACCAGCAAAUGCAGCACGUGUUGUUCCAGUAGCCUACACACGCAACGUGCCCAUACAACUAACGAAUGGCAGCAUGCCCCAUCCAAUUGGAAAUGUAACCGCUGACGAAGAUAAUGACGAUCCUGCAGAGAAAGCUGCCACCGCUGUGCUUAUACAACAGAAAGUUGCCGACAUAGAAACAAUGCGCAAGCAGCUACAACGUCUUAAGGACAUGAUGGAGACUGUUAAUAUGAUCGAAGCGCGCACAUCGCGUGACGUAAACGACAUUGGCCGAACACCACCGCGUGAAAUGCGCUCACAGUCGCGUACGACUGGUUCUUCUGGCGCUUCGUUUGAUCGCGAAUACACGCCUGUUUCGGUGGUACCCGCACAUCACUCUAGUGGCGCUGAGGGUGCUGAUGACGAUUCGUAUCUUACACGUAAAAUGCGUAUGAUCAACGAUGUCACGUCGGAUUUACGUGCACAGGCUGAAAGCUUGCAGGCCGAGCGCGAUCGCAUUAAAGCGUUGAAAGAAGAAAUUGUGCUGCGUAAACAGCAAGCCGCUGCUGCAGCACAGCUUGGCGAAGACGCAUUGAAACGUAGCAGCCUCACACCUACACCUACGCCACGAAGUCGCAAGCAACGCGAACUAGACACUCCGUCUCCACCGCCACUGACUAAGACCGAAAAUGAACGCGAUCAACUCAAAAUGGAAUACGAGACAAAGAAAAGAGAAUUCGAACUGCUUUGCCAACGUCUGCAGCAAGAUGAUACCGCCACACAGUCGCAGCCCACCAGCAGCAGCAAUAAUGCUCCGCUACACCGCGAUACCGUCUCCGAGGCUGAUGACGAAGCGGAUGGCGAUGAAGAGUUGAUUGAUUCGGAUUUCGCCACUACAAAUACCGCGACCGCAGCACGCCAAUAUUUCACAGCACCACAACAACAAUCAACACCGGCGCAGCAGCAUCGCGCUGCAGUAAAAGCUGCUGUAACUGCACAUACCCAGGCAACUGGUGUGGCUUCGGCAAAAGUAAAUGCACAGCAUCGUCAAAGCCAAGGCCAGCGCUUGCCAAUAGGAGCGUUGGGGAAGGAAGAUAGUUUCGAAAUGAAUCAAACGUCUUCGACAGGAGUUGAGCGUCGUCAUUCUACGCUAGCUAAUGCAACUAAUAUCACACAGGAUGGCGCUUCACUUGAGGCUGGCAGCGUACAAUCCGGCAGUUCGCAAUCUGCAUUCUCAAUGCCACCACCAAUGCCGGCCAUGGGACCAUGUAGCAGUUGGCCGCCGAUGCCACCGAUGCCCAACACUUGGAACCCACAACUUUAUUACGGUUCUGGUGCUACAGCGCCGCCACAGCACCCAAAUGCAUCCCAACCGAACUCGGCAACCACAACUCAAAGCGUAGGUGCACCAUUCACGCCUGUUGGCUUGCUUCCACCAUCUACAGUCAAUAGUGAAUGCAUUUGCAGUGCAGCAAAUAGUGCCACUACCGCACAGAUUGUUACCGGACCGACACCAACUUCAAGUUCCACAAAUACUGCUGCGCAAUUGGCCACCGAUCCAGUGUUGCUGCAGCAGUUUGUACAAACUCAACAAAUGCUUAUAAAUUCUGUGUGCCAAUGUAAUCAGAUGUUGUGGCACCAACAGCGAGAAAUUGAUGCCCUGAACAACACGAUACAUGUGCUUCAAGAUCGUUUACUGGCCUUGACCAGUGGUGUCAACGCUGUACCGCUCGCUGCUGAUAUGCCCUACACCAUACGCGCCGAAUCGGUGCCACCGCCCAGCCUAACUGCUGGCACCUUGCCCAACAAUCUCUACUUGAGUAACUCGAAUCGUGCACAAUCCGAGCAGCCGGCUCUCUUCUUGCCCGGUAUGGCAACAGCCGCGCGCAAUAGCGCUUUUUCCAACUAUCAACAUCAUCAGCAACAAUAUCAACAGCGUCAACAACGUGGACUCAUCGCUAGCGCAGCUGGUGGCGUCACUGCCUCCAAUAGCUACAAUUUUAGCAGUGAGUCACAGCAACACAGCAACAUUGCAUCGGCAACCAGCGCCAACGCCGGCCUCUAUAACACAUUAAAUAACGCCGCACCACCCCCACCACCGCCCAAUCAAGCAGCACAUACGCAUUACAACAACGAAGUGCCACAAUCGCCACCAUUACAGGGGAAUGCCGCCGGACCAGGACCGAUUUUUAUGCAUCAUCACAACAAUGCCAUACAUCAGAAUAAUGCCAAUUUGCGUACACAAAACCAUUAUGCCAACAAUUUGCAUCAACAGCAGCAACAACAACAACAGCAUGGACAUAGUAACAUCAAUAUUGGCGGCGGUAAUACGCUGAAUAAUCAAGUGCCACCUGGCAAUCGCGCUAAUAAUUAUUGGGACAAUUUUCGAAGGUAAUUUCCAUUCAUUCAAUUAGAAAGAAUGUGAACAAAUGUCUUUAUACUACAAUUGUUGACUAUCGCUGAGUAUGUAAUACUGGUAUGUGGUGCAAUUCUCUAAAUACUUACAUAUUUCUCUUUCAACUUGGGUACUAUCAAUAGACAUUUGCGCAUGUAUGUACAUGGAUACAUAUGUAUGUACCUAGGCUUGUACAAUUAUUCAAUAUCAAAUCGUUUAUUUUUUAUUAUUUAUCAUACCAUAUAAAUUUCCAUAAAUUAGCUUUUAAAGAACAUCUCAAUGAGCACUAUGGGCGUUUCCACAUUUCCUCUCCUCAGAAAAUAUAUCUUUACGCACUAUUACAA